AUGGCGCAGCCUGCACGGGACGACGGAAUUAAAUAUUGCAGUGAGCUAGAGAGAGUUGCAUUGGCAUAUCCUAAGAACCAAAAUAUCAUAUAUAUUCAACAGUAUCGAGUAAGAGCAUUGAAGAUAACUCGUACCCUAUUGACCCCAGAACUGGAAUGCCUGACAGGCUGA